AUGGCCACACCCUCGGAUCUAACGUCAGCCACUCAGCUAGCCACUCAGUCUGAUACUCUACAAGAGGAGGGAACACUACAGCAGGCAAAUGCGGAGAACACUGCGGAGAAACCAAGCGGCAGCAAGGCCCCCAGCACCAAGAACACAGGCCUACUCUCCACGCUCCCAUGUCAAAUCGCCACUCAGCAAGCGGAGAACACCACUGCAAUUUGGCCUGUCAUCCCCACUGCAUUGAUAUGGUACAUCAUUGCAAUGACGUCACAAGAGGAGGAUCUACUGCGACGAUCACAGCCAAUUGGGCCUCUACAGGAGGAAGUUCGAACGAUGCAUAUUUGGACGAUUUGA